AUGAAGCAGUCUUGUAUAAUGUUUGUGCAUCUGUUGGUCAUCAUUCUGACCGUUCUGCUGUUACGAAUAGAUGCAAGUUGUACAAUAGGCCCAGCUGUAUCAGAGAAGAUUGCCUCUCUCAACGAUACCUACGUGACCCAGUAUAUCCUGACGUCAUCCAGCCUUACGUCAUCCUGCUGUGGAGUUUUAUCCGAGGUACAAAUUUAUCCGAAGAGAACCGGCUAUAUACAGUUCCAGAUAUGGCGUCCUGUUACUACGAACCAAUAUCUACUGGUUGGAGAGUUUCGGUAUUUAGUGUCCUCUGUCGAUGUCAACGAUACUGUACUGAUAUCUGACGAGAUAUCUGUCCAACCAGGCGACAGUAUUGGAUGGUACAGCGAGGCAUUUGACAUAAUUCCCUACACAACCGGAAGUAAUGAAGAAGACGGAACAAUUGUUCUUCAUCCAUCCUUGGACCAUGCGGUAGGAUAUCAAUACACAGUGGAUGUGGGUUUUACGGACGGGCGGACGUACGCUAUUCAGUAUACAGUUGGUGACGGCGCUGCACCCACAUUUACCAAUCUGCCAGCUAGUAUUGACGUGUAUGAUCACACAGUUAUUGGGUCGUCCAUCUUUAACGUCACUUUCAACGACAGCAACGCCGCAGAAUUAUCUUCCCUUGUUAUGUCUGUUUCCUUCUACGAGCCGUAUCGUGGGACCCCCGCAAUCAUUAUUGAUCUGAACACAGGUCAGGUGACCACCGCUAGCCACCAAUUGCAUGUUGGAUCUGUGACCUUGACCUUGACCCUAACAGAUAUAUGUGGACUUUCGGACACCCAAACGCUGACCGUUAAUAUCAUUAACCAGCCACCCGUCUUCAGUAACCUCCCAUCUGCGGUCGAUUUGUCCGAGACAGUAACUUUAGAAACACUUCUGUAUACGCUGUCAGUGUCCGACCCCUCACAUGACCCUGUGACGUGUGCGAUGACGUCAUCCUCUCCAGCAGACGCUCCAUUCCUAGUACAACUCGUCCCAGGGACGACAGAUUUUGGCGUGUACAGCAGAUUGAUGCCUCAUUUUGAUUUCUUGAACAUUAAUCAAUAUGUGUUGACCAUCGACUGUACGGACACCAAGGACACAACACCUGGAUAUUUUACUGUCAACAUUUUACCCAACACCGUGCCUGUCUUUCUUAAUAUCCCCGCAUCCGUUACCAUAGCAACAACAACACAGAUUGGUACUGUGGUGUACACUGUUUUGGCAGCUGACAAUGAAACAAAUGAUUUGGAGUUUUGGAUUGCGAGCUGUUCUUCUUGUUGGUUUACAAUUGCGGAUACCGGACAAGUCAUUUUGACCACGCCCAUACUUACCACGACUAGAACUGUGUAUAAUAUCCGUAUCAGAGUAAGUGACAAUGACUUGACGUCAACAGAUACCAGACUCAGCAUCAUCAUUUCAGGCGUCAAUAACCAACCAACGAUCAACAAUUUGCCUCUGACGUUGAAUAUCCUGGAAUCUGUCGCCAUAGGAACGGCGAUCUUCACAUUAGAUGUGACUGAGCACGACACAGACGACAUCUUGAAUUACGUCAUUUCGUACACGCCCUCCUCUGCAGCGGCCAAGUUCCGGUUUGAUACCAGUCGUAAACAGUUGUUGUUGAUUCAAAGCCUCGAUUUCGAGUCAGGGACCAUUCAAUACACGAUAGGGUUCACAGUUGACGAUGGGUCGUUGAGUGCUGGUCCUUCGUCCUUGACCCUUGACAUUCUUGACGAUAAUGAGGCGCCGACGUUUGAUAGCGAAAUGUAUUACGUCACUGAUUCAGAGAACAGAAAUAUUGGCUAUAGUCUGCCCAGUGUGGGUUUCACUGUAACAGACCCCGAUUCGGGCGACUCUGUGACGUAUUCCAUAGCUUCCGGUGACCCCCAAGAGCGCUUUACAAUCGACGCUACUUCCGGGAUAUUGGAGUUUGCUGUUAGAUACGACAUCGAUUAUGGUACUGACCAAAUGCCAGCGGUAGUCAAUUUGACCAUCAGAGCGACCGAUACAGGAGGACUGAGUGCUACAACCCUGGUACAAAUCACCCUUCAAGACAGCAACGAUAAUCGACCUUACUUCAGCUCUGACACGUUCGAGGCGAACAUUCCAAAUGACUAUCCGGUGAAGUCAAGCAUUGUAUCUGUCAUAGCAACGGAUAUAGACUAUACAUACAACGAAAUACAAUAUACCUUAAUAUCAGGAGAUAUCCAAUACUUUGCCGUGAAUGAAGAAGGAUGGGUUUAUCUCAUCAAAUCUGUGGCAGAGUUUUACAACUACACAACUCUUUACGUCCGAGUACAGGCAUAUUCUCACGGCCAUAAUGCCUACUCCAAUGCCUACAUCCUUGUGAGCCCAGCACUAGGCGACAGUCUGUUCAAUCACACUGGGAACAUCCUGUGGUUCAGCGCAUGCGUAGUGAUUGUAACACUUAUCGUCGUCCUGUUUGCGUUUAUGACGUAUCGGUAUUUCCGGUUUGGGUACGCUUGCUCGCCAAAGAAAUGGACAGUUAAAUGUAACACUCUAAGACUUGGAUGGAAAAGUUUGAAAGAAAAACUACAGAAUGGCGUGUACACGUGCCGAGCAAAAUGGAAGGCAUGGAAAAUAUCGAAGAAAACUGAGACACAAACAACAAAGCCAAAAAAAGUGAGAUUUUCACUGGAGAAGGAGGACAUGCCCAACUCACACCAACAUUAUUGUGGUAUUUACGACAGAUUAAAGAGGGCUUUGUUUUCAUCAGAGAAGGCAAAGACAUCAAGCCCCAAAUCCCGCGGUCUUUAUCAAAAACUGAUCUCAUGUUUACCGAGUUGCAAAAAGCCUACCGAAAGGAUACAAGUGGCCCCUGUUAAACCGGAGCUACCUCUUCCUGUAAACGAAAGUUACAAUUGGACACCUUGGCGGAGUCAAUGGAAUACUUCCUCGGCAUACAAUGUAUAAAGAAGAUGGCUGGAACAAAGAACGCUCAAUAUAAAUAAAGAAAAUUAUGUAUGACGUAUAAAAAUUAAAUUCU